AUGCCUGGGCAUCUUGGUCAGAAAAUUCUCAAGACAUUUGGCUUGGACGAACACCAACACCACCACCACCAGCAACAGCAGCAGCAUCCACCGCACCAGGAGUAUCGGUUGUCUGGCAAUCGGGUCAUCAACAACGAUGAACGCAUUCUAUCACCUCAUCCGCGCGGGACGUAUCCCCGUCUCGCUCGUCUGAGCGAUGGCACGAUUUUGGGAUCUUUCACUCGAUUUGAGGGCAAGACGCGGGUUCUCUGCGUUUCCAAGAGUGUCGAUGGAGGUCGGUCCUUUGAGGAUAUCGGAGAAGUCACGCGGGGUGAUGGAGACGUCGAUAACAUGUUCCUACUGGAAGUGGCCCCUUCAGUCGUCCUAGCAGCGUUUCGGAACCAUGACCGGGGACCCAACGGUCCGACUCACUUCCGGAUUACGGUUUGUCGUUCCACAGACGGUGGUCGGCAUUGGGGCUUUGCGUCGCAGGCCGCAGAAAAGCGUGCCCCGCUGGGAAUCUGGGAGCCUUUCAUGCGCCUGGGCCGACAGGGCGAGGUGCAGCUGACCUACUCGCAAGAAUUUGCGCAUAAUAAUCAGUGCACCAUGCUGGUGCGGUCAUUCGACCAGGGCUCGACAUGGUCACCGCCUCAAUGUCUCGAGGGCGAAAAGGAUCUGUUCCGGGAUGGCAUGAAUGGAAUUGCCCCAACCUAUGACAACGGACGAGAGGCCUUGGUUAUGGUGUUUGAGACGACCACGUUUGGCACCUUUGAUCUGGAAGCGCUCAUUUCCUACGAUGAUGGGUAUACCUGGGGCCACCGGCAUCGCGUGUAUGUGCCUCCUCGCGGUCACAAUGCGGGAUCUCCCCAAAUUGCCUCUUUUGCCGAUGGCUCCAUGGCGGUGAUCUUCAUGACCGACGAAGACUCAGACCAAGUCCAGUGGACCAAGAACGCAGCCAUUAAGGUAGUCUUCGCUGGACCUCCGCAGAACGGCCAGAUCACCUGGACUCGUCCGACUGUCAUCUGCCCGCAUGCCAGUCACUGGCCCGGGAUUCUAGCUUUGGAUCACCAUACCUUGUUGGCUACGUAUGAGUGCGGCGGUGCACCUCGUGCUAAAAGUAUCACAUUGCACUUGUGA